AUGAACGCAGACAAUCGUCACGACGCGAUAUCCGUCGAACCAAUCGGAGCGCGGUCCUUACGUGACGUCACUUGGCAACGGUCGCGUGGCGAAGACGCCUUCGCUGUAGGGUUGGGGCGAAGAACUCCGCCAUUUUGUCGGAGGAUGAAACCUCCGGCGGAAGGGCGUGCACGCUGUAGCGGAAGUGGUGCUGUUUCCUGGAAACCGGUGACAGGCGGCGGACCCUGCUACAGGUUGGUGAAGGAAAUGGCAAUAUAAUGGCGGGGCUCGGUAACGUUUCGAGCUGGGAAGCAUCGCGUUAACCUUAAUGAGCGAAUCGAGAACACACCGAUCUAUAGGCUGUUACUGAGUGCUGAGCGCUAGGCUUCACACAGACUGCCGUCCUGCGCUGUGAGCUCGGUGGGAUCAUGGGAUCACGCCGGGGGGUGGGGCUCAUACUGUAUCAUAGUUUGAGUCUCGGUCACUGUGUGGCACAUUCGGCUGGAAAGGUGGUCAAAUCCAACAACAUUGCCACCAUUGAUCUCCACGGCGCUGGCUGGGCCUGGCUCAGACUGCACUUACUGAUUUAUGAAAUAUUUUACCAGGAAAGAUACUUGUGAAAUUUUCAAGCAUGUCCUGGGUCCGCAAACACUGCACUGUUACAAUAGGAUACAAUAUAAGAGGAAACCAUUCAAAAUUCUAUUUAAAUACACACACACACACAUGUAACCCGGAAACUGGUAAGAAAUGUAAUCACCCAUGAUUACAGGUGCAUUCUGUAUUGAGAUAUGUUGACAGAGAUCUCUUUAACCCCUUAAGGACCAAACUUCUGGAAUAAAAGGGAAUCAUGACAUGUCACACAUGUCAUGUGUCCUUGAGGGGUUAAAAGGAUGUUAGACUGAGGGGAAGAUUUGGUUGUGUCCAUGAGGUUAUGCCAUAAUUGCGGUGCUCUGUAGAAAAAUAAGGAUCAAGUAGUAACGUCAUCAAUACCUUAUCAGGCUUACUCACUGAAGUGUGAAUUGCCUGCUAUUUUAAGUGUUGUUUUUUGUUUUUUCCAUUAAAGACCAAAAUGCAGCUAAUAUCUGCUAAAACAAAGAUUGAACUGUUUGGCUUCAAUUGAAAGUGUUAUGUCUGGAGAAUAACUGGUGCAGUAUCAUCCCAGCAGUUAAAGGAUCACUAUAGUAUCCGGAAAACAAAGCGGUUUUCCUGACACUAUAGUGCUCUGAGGGUGCCCCCACCCUCAGGGUCCCCCUCACGUGGCGCUGAAGUGGUUAAAACCCCUUCAGCAUCUUACCUUAUUCCAGUGCCGGGCUCCCUCUGCCGACGUCAGCUGAGCCGCAUGCACUGCAGUGUCCAUAGGAAAGCAUUUCGCAGAUGCGCCUCUAGAGGCUGGAUUAACCCCAAAUGUAAACAUAGCAUCUGAAGGGUUAAAACCUGUGGGACAUGGCACCCAGACCACUUCAUUGAGCUGAAGUGGUCUGGGUGACUAUAGUGUCCCUUUAAGUGUUGUUUUAGCAUUAUGCUUUUAAGGGUGUUUUUCAGACGUGAUUGGACCAGAAGAUUGGGCAGAGUAGAUAGAAAGCUAGAUAACGCAAACUACAGAGAUAUCCUUGAAAGGACACUCCAGGCACCAUAACAACUUAGGAGACUAGGACAUGGCACAUUAUUUUGGGGGUCUAUUUAUCAUGUGAAUAUAAGCCUAAACCUAUAUAACUCCUCUGAUAGGGCAGGGGGGUUAGAUUUACAUAUCUGCAUAUACAAUAACACCUGUAACCCAAAAUUGCUGUAAACUCCCCAGCCUUGGUAGGAACACUAUUUAGACACUGGCUGAGCAGUCCGGUACAGCCUAGCAGCAUAACAACUAAAUCUGAAUGAAGUUCUUGUGGUGCUGGGAUGUCUUGUGUGCCAGCUUCCCUUGAGAGGUGAAACCGUUCACGAGCUGUUCAAAAGUGUCCACGUGGAAUGGAGGCUGGAGGACUAUAUUCAUCUUUUACAUGAAAGUAUAUUUGUGAAUUUUUUAUUUUUUUUUUAGGCCAAUUUUAAGGUAAGUUAGUUUUUUGGUUUUUUCGUGACCGGUUCACUUUAAACCGUUCAUUAACUGUUUAACCGUUAAAAGCAGGCUGGUGCCAGGCACCUUAUGAUUAAGUGGUUGUGGAGCUCAGAUUGUCCUUUUGAGUCCACUUUGCAUUAAUCUAUUAGAGUAAGACCCUUGCUUGGAUUUGGCCCCUAUAUUUGGCUUCUAAUAUCAUUUCUAUGCAGAUGACGCGCAAAUCUACCUGAUCUCUCCCCGUCCCUCUUGACUAGUGUCUCUGACUGCCUCUCUGCUGUUUCUAACUGGAUGGCUGCUCAUUUCCUUAAACUAAUUUUGACCAAAACUGAAAUUCUGGUCUUUCCUCCCUCAAGUGUUGUUACUCCUGUGUCUGUCUCCCUCCAAGUCAACGGUGCUACCAUCAGCUCCACCACUCAAGCUCGCUGCCUAGGUGUUCUCUUUAACUCAGACCUCUCCUUCAAGCCUCAUGUUCAAUCUAUCGCCAAAUCCUGUCAUUUCCAUCUCAAAAACAUUGCGCGCAUCCGUCCCUACUUAACGCCAGAUGCGACUAAGGUGUUGGGCCAUUCCACUGUCCUUUCUCGCCUUGACUACUGUAAUCCGCUUCUCAGUGGUCUUACAUGCUAACUAGCGCCGUUGCCGUCCAUAAUGAAUGCGGCGGUAAGGCUCAUCUUCCUGUCCGCCCGCACCUCCCAUGCCUCACCCUUCUGUCAAUCCCUACAUUGGCUUCCUAUAGAAUAUUCUGGUUCUUGCUUUCAAAUCUCUACAUAAUGCUGCUCCCACCUAUCUAUCCUCCCUUAUACACAAGUAUGUCCCAUCUAGGCCGUUACGAUCUGCUGAAGACUUACGUCUAUCUUCUGUCCGUACUCCCACCUGUGAUGCUCGCCUUCAAGAUUUCUCGAGGGCUGCACCGUUCCUGUGGAACUCGCUUCCCUCCUCCGUUAGAUGCUCACCCAGUCGCCACUCAUUCAAAAAAUCGUUAAAAACCCACUUCAUAAAAGCAUAUCAAUUAAACUGUUAAUAGCUCCUGACUGAUUCAUCUUCUGCAACUGUCAUUAGUCUAAUACUAUCCUUACCUUUUUUGUGUCAUUUUACCCCACUCCCUCUAGCAUGUAAGCUCAUUGAACAGGGCCCUCAACCCCUCUGUUCCUGUGUGUCCAACUUGCCUGGUUACAAUUACAUGUCUGUUCGUCCACCCAUUGUAAAGCGCUGUGGAAUUUGACGGUGCUCUAUAAAUAUCAUAAUAAUAAUAAUAUCAAUGCACUCAUACCAGAAUCAUUCACUAAAGUGCAUUCAAAGUGAGUUUCAAAUUUAAGGUCAAAAUAGAGAAACCAGAAAAAAAAGUCAGCUAUGCUUACAGUUGGCUCAAUUUUGUCCUAAAUUUGAAAUUCACUUUGAAUUCUCAUUUUACUGAAUAACCCUAUAUGACUAAAAAAAAUACUCACUAAAAUGUGAAUUUCAAAUUUAAGAUAAAAAAAAAAAAAAAUGAACUAGGAAUAUUUUAAGUAGGUUUUAUUUUCAGUUUGGUUUCUCUGUCUUUAAAUUUGAAAUUCACUAUGAAUUUUUGCUUUAGUAAAUAACAGUAACUAGUUUGUAUAUAAAAACACUGAAUUUGCAUACAGUGAAAGAAGGGGUGCCAGUACAACAAGCUAUAAAGCUAUUUUAAUACCACUUAAAUAUUCAUACAUUACACAUGCAGGGGUGCUAUGGUUAACUUAGUUUGCAUAAUAAAGCAUCAGGUGGUACUUCAUUAUUUAUUCAGCAAGAACAAGCGUGUCCUCAGUUGGGGACAAAACAAGUUAACAUAUUACGUUAUUCUAAUUUUCUGCCUUAUAACAAUAAAAUGUGCUCAUUGCUACCUAAAAACUAUUUUAGCAUAUUACAAUAUGUUAAGUUGUUAAUGAUAUGUACUAAGCAUCAGAAAAAAAAGGUUGUUUGUUUUUUUUUGUGGGAUUCUUUGCAAGAAAUGGCUGCUCAAAUAGUUGAGACUAACAGAAUUACGCUACUUAUUGAAUACAAAAAUUGUUAGGGAAAACUAAACUAAUAGGUUAUGUAAGCUCCUAAGAUUUUUAACUAAUUAUAAGCUUUUAGACCUUGGUUUUUGUAAAUUUUAAAGGGUUACUCCAACUACCAUGACCACUUCUGCUUUUAGAAGUGGUCACGGUGGCAGGAAUCUGUAUGUGCAGUGUUUCUGCGUGAACUCUGAUACCAGCAAAGGAGCUUCAACCGGUGCUGCGUUCCAGGUAAAGUGGUUUUUAUUUUAUUUUUAUUUUUUUAUAUGAAUAAAAAAAUGGUAGUGGAUAAUUGUUAUAGUGGCAAAAAAAGGCAUUAUUAGCUUUGAAAUCCUUUAGGUGAAAAAGUGUUAUAGCAACCAUUUCAGGCGUUUUUGUAGUUAAUUUUUUAUUAGCUUUAUGUUGUACAGUGGGCCUAUGCUGUAAAGGUGAGUUAUUCACUGAAAUUGCAUUGACCAGCUGUUUGUGGCUGGUGUGUAAUGAUCGGUAUAAAACACCAUCGACUUUCUUUAUCUUUAGGUUCCAUCCCCAAAAAUGGGGCUGGAAAGAAGCCUUUAAAAGUUCCUGUAAUUUAGCAUUGGGACAGUCUCCUUGCAGCAGCUGCUACAUCUCUGGUGUAAUUCUCUGGUUUAAUGACCUCUGAUCCAAUCAGUUGAUUAUCCUAGUAAAGUUUUGCAGACCUGCGAAAAUAGUCAUGCUCCUUCAAUCCUAUGAUUCUCGUAGAGAAGCAUUGAAUCCACUGCUUAUUUAUGAGCCGUGUUUAGAGUCGUCAUGCUCUACGUCUACAUGGUGAAGACGAACAUGAUGACCGUUGAAAUUAAAGGUCAAAGAACACACCUGUCUGAUAUCCACUAGAGGCAUGUUCUUUACAUAAUGUAAACAGACGUUGACUGAGUAAAAGGACUGCAUCUUUGGUUUUAGUAGAGUGUUUGUUUUAGUUAAACACUGGGCAACAUGACUACUCUUGUGCAUUUCAUAGGUUUUGACCUAAUUUUCCUGCUCUUAAUCCAUACUUGAACAAAUCGAGUUGUCCAGGAUUUACCUGUAGAGUCUUGUUCAAUGAUCAAUCCCUGACAAAUCCAUUUGUUCUGAUGUGUAUUAAAUGGAUUUUGGUUUGUAGACACCGGCUGAAACACAUUUUUGCACAAGUCUACUUUGAAAGGGAUAUUCUAAAUCUCAAAACAUCUUUAACUUAAUACAGCAGUUUUAGUCUCUAGAUCAUGCCCCUGCUCGGUGCUCUGCCAUUUAGUAGUUCAAUCACUUUUGUUUAUCCAGCCCUAGUCACACCUUAAUUGGCUGUGGCUCACAUAUAGCCUACAUGGUUUUAAUUGGUUUAAUUUUUAAUCAGAUCUGACAUUACAGGUUGUAUACUUGAGAAGUUUUCAUCUCCUGCUCUGUUAAUUGAAAUGUAAUCACAUACUUGAGGCUCUAGCAGGCUAUAACAGAGCAUGAGAUAAGACAUUCUAAAUUAAACAGACAAUGAUGUAAAGGAGGUUUAAAGGGACACUAUAGUCACCAGAACGACUACAACUUAUUGUAUUUGUUCUGGUGACUAGAAUCUGUCCUUUACAUUACAACCUAGUGAUAAUUCUACUGGACACUCCUCAAAUGGCUGCUAGAGGUGCUUCCUGGGGCAGUGCUACACAGUGUGCAGUACUGACAUUCAGUGUCUUCAUCCUAUGCAUGGAAACAUGGAACUUUUCUCAUAGAAAUGAAUUGAUUUGGGAGGUGGGGCCUGACCGGCCGCAUACCGCAGAGGCUCCUGCUGAUUUUAAGCUAAAUGGCAGAAAUUAUGAACCUACCACUAAUAAUCGGACAGAGUAGUCUGCUAAAAUGCACAGGAGAAGGUGGGCGCUACCGUAGCCUCCACGAUCUGGAGUUUUGGGGCCCCUGCGGUACAAAACUUUGGAGCCUGCGACUUACUUACAAAUAUUGAAACAAAGCAGACUUACAAACCCCACCAAGUCCCUUUAAAUACGGCUAAUCCCUACGUCCAUUGGUGGUUCCGUGGGUGUUAUCUUUCAUCUGUGUUCCUGAUUGGUUCACUUGCAGCCCCUAUUUACCUGUAGGGGAUCCAAAAUAAUUUUCCCUUGUCUCGGCCAAAAUUAAAUCACCUGUUGGUAAACAGAAUCGGUUCCACAUAUUCAUUUUUGCAUUCCAUUAACUGUAGCCUUGUACCAUAAAAGCCCAUAUGGCAGUGCGUUCCACUGUGGAAUGAAUGAAUGAAACAAUGUGUCCAUCUAAUGGUCGCCAGAAGGAAUGCAUGAUAGGAAAUAAUUGAUAGAGGGAAAAAUGAUGUAUAUCUGCUUAAAGAGAGAUGAUGUGACCCAAUGGGGACCCGGUGGGCGCAGGCGGACGGCCGGGGGGGGAAACCACUCACACCCCCUACCUCCCUCAACCCUCCCCUGACACCGGAAAAGGAGGGGGCAAGACAGGAAACAGCCCAACGCCAGACCCCUGACCCUAACCCACAGACCAACACGAUCCUGAGGGUCGGCACCGACCAAGGGGACGCCCAACCUCCAAGACAAACACCAGCCUAGAGACAGGGCAACAGAACACCAGGCCCCCGAAAAUAAGCAGCCUUAAGGCACAAACACCACAACCGACACGGGCACAGACCACAUUCCCACAGCCCGAAACCAAAACCUUGUAAGGUAAACCAAAACAAAUAACGACCGAAUGGCCCCCGUUCCUUGUCCCCGACCAAGCAGCUGAAACGCAGCAAAUGUAUGGAGGGCACAUGAGAGAGCACACACCCCUUCAUCACCAAGAACCGACCAUCCCAUUGUAGCUCCCAUCUCCCAGCCCCCUCCCCCACACAUACCAAUAACUGGUCACAAAGUCCAGCACCCCGCCUACGAGAACAGUCCACAGCACAGGCCGAACCCAAGUGACCUCUUCCUGCAUCAAGAGGCAAGAAGCUUACCACUUAGUAACAACCCAGGGUACAACCGGCAACCAGGCACACUGGCACCAAAAGACACGGGUUCACACAAUUCGAACCAGUCAGUACAAACACAGAACCGCAACAGAAUGAACAUAGAAUUGUACCUGGAACUCCUCCCUCCCUUUCUCUUAUGUAAAACCCCCCCACCACCUGCCUACCAAAAAUACAUCCGCGACAAGCACAGUGAACUGAGAAACCAUAUACGAAAUGAAAAUGUUUGCAAAACGCUCACUAAAAGAAAUCUGUACCAACAACUGCAACCCCACCCCCUUCCCUUUUUCUCUUCUGUACCCCGUCCCCCCCAAAAAAAGAAAUUAAAUGGAAAAAAUUUCAAAAAUAAAUAAUUUAUAAAAGAGCAUCCAUUUUACAUUCAUUGUGAAGCUGCAUUCUUAGUGAGCAAGGAGGUGGGAGGGUCUGGGAGGGAGGGUCUGCUACUGAUUGGCUGGAAUGUGUCUGCUGACUGUGAGGUUCAGGUUUCAAACUUUACUCAAUGAUGAGUCCGCGGCGAACCGUUCGGGACAUCACUAGUCUUAAGACCUUUCUUGAUAUUGUUAAGACCCUGACUUUGAGAAUUCUCUUCGUACGUCCAAUGUACUGUUUGCCACACAGACGCUGCAGUAAAUAAACUACAAAGUCCGUGUGGCAUCCUAUCUCAGAUUUAAUUUUGUGAACCCAGAAAAUACAUUGGUUCUACUUGUAGAUAAACGUAUUAGCACUUCUCACUGUAUAGCAGGAAUUACCUAUUUACUUAACACUGCAGCUUAGCCUAGUAUAGCAUGUCAGUGUUUAUCACCGAUGUAAUCCGAUGCUUACCGAUGUAAUCUUGUAGGCCCAGCAUACCCUCCAUGCCCAUUAGUACAGCUAAAUAUCUAAGAUGACCGUGUCUGCCUUGUCAGCCUGUAUCACAUUAAUACUUAAAAAAUGAGGUUGUUUAGAUCAGAUGUUAUUUACCUACUGCAUUCCGUACAUUAUAUCCGGUCAUGUAAACAUAUGUACUAACUUUAAUUCCUUUCUUCUGUACUACUACUAUACUAUACCGCAAUAAAAAAAAAACUUGAUUGACAAACAAAAGAAAUGAAUUGAUUCAAUGUAUCUCUAUGAUGAGAUGCUGAUUGGCCAGGGCUGUAUUUGACUUUCGUUGGCUCUGCCCCUGAUCUGCCUUCUCGACAGUCUCAGCCAAUCCUGUGGGAAAGCACUGUGAUUGUUUCACAGAAUCACUUCUGAUAAUGUCAGCCAAGCAGGCAGAUUAGGGGCAUAGGCAGCAGCUGCCAACUUGAAUACAAGUAAGCUUUUACUAUAGUUAGGGAGGCAGAGGGAUAGAUGAUGGUUUUAACACUAUAAGGUCAGGAAUACAUGUUUGUGCUCCUGACCCUAUAGUGUUCCUUUAAAGAUUAGAUCGCUUUCUACAGGAAAUGUGUAGGCCACAUGCAGAGUAGGUUUGACAAGGACUGCAUAAACAAAGCAAUUAAACUACUAAAUGGCAGAGAAUCGAGCUGUGAGACUGCAGGGGCAUGAGCUGCACAUGAAAAUCACUCUAUUAUAGAAACACUGUAGUAAGGAUCAAACAUGUAUUCCUAACAUUAUGCCGCUGAAGGUCCUGUUUACAUGUCCAACCACCCUCAGAAAGGGAUUUCCACUCACCUUUUCUCCUUCAAUGCGACUGGCCCCGCUUUCCCAUAGGAAAUCACUGGGAGGCUAUUGUGCAUGCGCGGCUAAAAGCUGCUCUGUGUCAAUCAGCACCUCCUCGUAGAGAUGCAUUGUCAAUGCAUCGCGUUCAGCUUCUCCAUGCAGAGCAAUAUAGGAAGCAUCUUUAGUGGCUGUUGAGGGACUGCCAUUAGAGGUGUUACUAGGCACCUAUCUUAACACUGCAUUUUCUUUGUAAAUGCAGCUUUUACGUUGAAAGGCCUGCAUGAAUAGGCUAUAGAUACCAGAACCACUACAUUAAGCUGUAGUGGUUCUUGUGACUAUAGUGUUCCUUUAAGCCAAAGUUGUUUUGGUGCUUAUAGUGUCCCUCUAAUUACUGAUGCGGUUUUAAUAUUGAAUAUUUUCUCUGUAUGUUAAUGUUUCAUAUUUGUUUCCCUUUUUAGAAUGAAUGUUGGGGUUGCUCACAGUGAGGUAAACCCCAACACACGAGUGCUGAAUAGCCGAGGAAUAUGGCUGGCCUACAUUAUCUUAGUGGCAUUUCUUCAUAUAAUCCUCUUAAGCUUCCCCUUCUUCAGUGUUCCAGUUGUCUGGACUCUAACUAAUGUCAUCCAUAAUCUUGUAAGUAUUUCAUUGUUAGCUACUGGCUCAUUAACAGUGAUUUUUAAAUAGUAUUGCUGUGGAGUAGAGCACAUUUUCUAACUAUAUGUCAUAGACAGGUUAAUAAUGCUGAAACAUCUAAAUGUUUUGGCGAAUUUGAUAAUUCUCAAACUGCACAAUGUAGAAAAGCCCUCAGCAUAAAAGGUAAGUGAUUUUUAUAAAACCUUUAUAACUUUACCUUUUCAGCCGUGCACUGGAGCAAUGAGUCAUAAAUAUUUUAGGAAAUUAGGUAAUCCUAACACAAAAUUCAGAUAUAAAUGUUUAAUUUCUAAUUAAGAAUAUUGCUGGGUAUAUAUAUAUUUUUUUUUUCUGCUGUUUUUUAACUGCUGCAAAACAGAAGAAAAAAGGAUACAAUAAUCUAUGUAAUUGAUACAUGGAAUGCAUGUGAAUAAUAAAAAAAAAUAAGAGUACAGAGAGCUGACAAAUUAGCUCAAACUAUAAUCAUGUAAUCAACUGUGCAGAGCAUAACAAUGUAAAGAUCCUGACACAUAGGCUGUUUCUAAAGUAAAUUGACAUAUACUGUUGACUGCUCAUGCUGUACAAAGGAUCGCCUCCAGAAUACAAUAAUAUCAUAGCUAAACCUGACGCUAAAAAGCCACACAAAACUCUUGAAGGACCGAAGGGGUCUGCACUCUUCUCUGCUUGGGUCUUAUUUCCACGUGCCACCAGGAAGCUUAGUUUCUGGGUGCCUACUGCCUGAUAAGAUUCGACAGUGCCAUAACAAACAAACUUUCCUUUGCAUUUGUUAUGGAAUAUCUCUGCCCUCCACAAGGGACUCAUCCAGAGGAGUCCACAAACAUACUGUUUUGCAGUGAGUGAGAUCUACCCUAAUUUGUGUUUUAUACUCCUUUUUUUUUUUUUAAAUACACAACAAAAAAGACUACUUGUCACAAUACAAUGUGGUUUUUUUUUUUUUUAGAGUCAGGUUUACAUAUUCUGAUAUUAUAGUAUUCUGGAGCCUCUGUCCUUUGUACAAAGGUAUAUGUCUAUUUAUUUUCUGUUAUACUCCUACAAGUCUGCGUUUUAGGAUAGCUAACUUAUUAUGCUUUGCACUAUUGAUUUCAUGUUUAUACUUUGAGCUUGUUUGACUGCUCUGUGUUCUCUUAUCUUUUUAUUUAUUAAAUUGUGUUCACCUGAAUCGGUACCAUGUACAGAUUACAUAUAUUACAGUAUGUUUUUUUUUGUUUGUUUGUUUGUUUUUUACAUUUCAUAAAAAAAACUGAAUUUUUUUUAUUAGAAAUGGAUAUCUGCAUUUUGUGUGUGGAUUCCUGCUUUAUUGCUCAUUUACAUUUUAUGUUUACCCUUGUAGAGUGGGUUUUCUUGGAUCCUGCACCUAUUGCUUGAUUUGCAUAAGUGUAGUGGAUUAGUAUAUUUUGGUUUUCAUAAAUAUUUUAAUUUGCAUACUUUUUAUUUUCUUAUAUAAAUAUUCAAAACAAAACUGCGCUGUGCCUUUAAGUGCUAAGUUAACAGUAUUUACAACCUGUGAACAAUUAUUAAUACAAUAGAAUAACAGUGAAAAAAGUGCAAAUACAAUAUAUUUAAGUGCAAAAAAGGUUUAUCCAAUUUUACACACUGUGUGUGAAUUUUGUGCACUUUGAAAUUAGGCAAAAAACACUUACUCCUCAAAGUGUAGGAACAAAGAAGAUUUGAACGAGUAUUUCUCUUCAAAUUGCUCCACAUAUAAGCAGAAAAAUUAAGAAAUAAGAAACACAAUAUAGUGUAAAUCUGUAUAAUUAUAAUCAAUAAAGUAGGAAAAUUAACAACUCACAAUGGUAGAGCAGUAUAAAGUCUGCUCUAACUUGAAGCGCUUUCUUGUCCUAUCUGCAGGACUCUGUCGAAGCAGAAGGAUGAUGUACUUGAAGUAAACAGGAUGGCAACGAAAUAAAAGUUAAUCCUUUUAUUAAUACAAAGUAUAAAAGAAAAGACCUUCUUCCUGAAAAGCUAUUGUAUAUAGCUCCCACUUCUGACUCGCGGCAUGCACUUGCGGUCUUCCAGUGGUCGGGCGCUUCCGGGAAUAGUAGGUGCUUGUGGCACGUACUCACGUCGUGCGUCGGAUUGCGUGAUGACGCGUUUCGCCUGGGCGGCUUUCUCAGAUCACGUUUGGGUGGUUGCCAUCUCUUGGAAUAUAUACCCGUCUGUGUAGGCGUGGUAGCCUCUUCAAUUGCACAUAAUUAGUCCUGAUACAAGCUUACAAGAGAGUCUAUGGACUGGAGGGCAUAUUGCCUUGUCUCUUUGUAAAAAAAAGUCCACUUCAUUAAAUAUUGUAUACAUAAUGAUAAAAGGGUCCUUCUUUUAUAAGAAUUAAAAUAUAGAAACAGAAACAAACUUAUAAUGCCAAUCAGUGAAAUAAUAACAGGGUCUAAUACAAAUAUAAGGGCAAUUCCAUCCUACUAUGUGGGAGAGAAAGAUAUCAAAAUUACUUCAUUUAAAAUAUAUCUUAGAGAGCAUACUAAAUGUAGGAACCAAUAAAUAUGAUUAAAAAUCCCAGUGCACAUGCAGAUAGGAAUAAAAAUUAAAUAAAAAAUAAUAAAUAAUGAAUAAAAAGAUGCGAGUAAAAUAAAACUAAAACAGUAAAUAGACAACCUAUGAAUAUUCUAGGGCUGAUGGCAUCAUAGGAAAUUAUAUAAAUCAAAUUCUAUAUUCAGUCCAUUGGGCUCUAGGGUACCUAAUUUAUGUACCCAUUUCAUUUAUUCCUUCCCAAUGUCUAAAAUAUAAUUACCACCUCUCCAAGACUCUUUAACUAUCUGGAUACCUAAAAUUGUUAAAUCACUUGGAUCUUGUUUAUGAUAUCUUUUAAAAUGAGCUGAAACACUCUGCUGUUCAAAACCCUUUUUAAUAUUAUUAACAUGUUCGUACACUCUUUUGUGGAGAGGACGAAUAGUCCGGCCAACGUAUUGUAAUCCGCACAGAUAAAUUAAAAGAUAAAUAAGCUUUUUACUAAAACAAGUUAAAAAAUCAUUUAUUUGGAAAUCUGCUUUGUUUUAAAGUUUUAUUUUUAUUGCAUCCCACACAUUUUCCACAUGAAUAAAAACCUUUAUUAUUUUUUAGAAAGGUGGUAGAUGCUUUUGGUUUAGGGUGGUUAAAAGUUAGCAUACGUUUAAGGCUUGGUGCUCCUCUAAUUGUAAUAAAAGGUUUGUCUUGAAUAACUUUUGAUAGUUCUUUAUCUUUUUUAAGAAGGUGCCAGUGUCUAUUUAUAAUGGAUUUAACUUUCCUAUUAUCAUUAUUAAAAUCUAAAACCAAGGGCAUUAAAUUAGGAUUUUUUUGUAGUGUUGUGUUUGGAAAUCAAUUCUUGUUGGUUCAAUAUGUUAGUUUCUUCAAGUGCUUUUUCCUUAAUUUCACAAAGUGCACAAAAUUCACACACACUGGAAAAUUGGAUAAACCUUUUUGCACUUUAAUAUAUUGUAUUUGCACUUUUUUUCAAUGUUGUUCUAUUGUAUUAAUUGUUCACAGGUUGUAAAUACUGUUAACUUAACACUUAAAGGCACAGCGCACUUUUUUCUUUUCUUAUACAUUAAAGUGUUUUUAGAGCGAUUUUCACUUUUACUAGUGCUUGCUAGCCUUUUUGUGAUCUUUUAUAAGAUUUUUCACUAGUACUAAUUUUAUAGCGCCAUCUUUUACUUGAUUUUUUCUAUUUUAAAUAUUUAUAUAGCAAUCUAUAUCUAUUUAUAUGGUUAUCUAUCUAAUUUAUUUAUUUUAGAAAGAGGGUGCCUAGAAAAUAGUGAGUUUUUUCACAUUCAAGUGUUGUCUUUAGAUUAGUUUUUUGUUUUUCCCUCUCAGCCUCUAAUGAAACUGUUGUGUAUGUUGCAGUGGUAGUUACAUAUCUUUUGUUUUGUUUUUUUUUAUUUCAUUUUUUGUCUUUUUUCCAGGCUUUCAAAAAUAUUGAUACAUUUGUAGCCUUGAUUUGGUAAUUAUAUGUAUUCAGUAAUAUAUAUUAUUAUGGCAAAGUGUACAAUAUGACACACUUGGCAUACAUUUUAUAUAUUUUUCUUUCAUAAUAAUUCACACCAUAACUUGUCACAGAUUAUUGCUUUUGCAGGCAAUGGUACAGUUUGUAACUGUGAUUCUCAUCUUCAAUCCUUGGUAUAUUAUGGAAAGUUAGAGACCUUUAACAGAGUUUUCAUCACUGUUACCUUGCAUGCACUAUUCAACCACAGCGGCUCUAUCUUAUUUCUGUUAAUAUAAACCAGUGGUAGGCACCAUUCAGCAUUCUUAUAGCUAUGAUGUUAGGAAACCAUUAUGGGAGAUGUGGUCCAUAACAUCUGGAGUGCCGAAGGUUGCCUGCCCUUUUUAAUAAACCAUAGACGAUAUUCAUUGCAUCUGGUUCACAAAUACUUUAGUAUAUAAAGAGGGAUGAUAUGUUGUGUCUUUUAUAUUUGUAUAAAAAGUAUUAAUGUUACCGGCUCUUGCUCACUUCUGUAUGCAACUCUCUGCCACCAGAUUAUGUAUGUGUUCCUGCACACUGUGAAAGGUACCCCCUUUGAGACUCCUGACCAGGGGAAGGCAAGGCUCUUGACUCACUGGGAGCAGAUGGACUAUGGUAUCCAGUUCACCUCUUCUAGAAAGUUCCUCACAAUAACCCCUAUAGUACUGUAAGUGUUUGACACAAAUUUUAGAUUUGUUUAACCAGUUCUUUAAUAAAUGUGGAGCUGUAAUGAGCCAGUAUGUUUCCCAGUCCUGCCAUACACAACAGGAGUGCAACUGAGCAUAAUGGUGAUGUUAGGGUAAAUAUAUUGAAAUGUUUUGGGUAAGUUAAAUGGACAUUCAGAAGUGACUUUUUUAUUUUUUAUUCUAAUGUGUUGAAAUAUAUGCUUUUAAUUGAUAGACUGACUAUUACAAGCAGUCUGAGAUCUGUGGUAAUCCAAUAAUCAUUGGUAGACCUGUGCAAUUACUCAUUUACUAGUAAAAGCUCUUGCUGCAAACACUUUAACUUCUACAUCAGGGCUUGGAAUUUAAGAGCCAGCUAAAAAAGUUAGGAGCAAGGUUUUUCCUAAACUAACAAAGCAUUAUUUUUGAUGACAAAAUACUAUCCUUAGAGGGACACUAUUGUCACCAGAACCACUACAGCUUAAUGUAGUGGUUCUGGUAUAUACAGCCUAGCCUUGCAGGCUUUUCAAUGUUAAAAACUGUGUUUUCAGACAAAAUGCAGUGUUUACAUUGCUGCCUAGUAACACCUCUAGUGAUCCAGUCCAGUGCUGUUCAGUGUCUCCACGCUCUACCUGGUGUUGCUGAAUGUUCCACAUGGAGAUGCACUGAUUCAAUGCAUCUCUAUGAGGAGAUGCUGAUUGGCGCAGCAGAGCGUUUCGCCCCACAUGUGCAAAAAUCUCCCAGCCCUAUCCUAUGGGAAAUUGAGCGAGACCAGCAUAGCGUGGGAAAAAAAGGUGAGUAAAAAAUCUUUCCCAGGAGAUCGGAGGGGAACCGGUCACCUAAAUAAACACACACUCACUGACUGGUUGACAGACAAACUUAUUCACACACAUACUGACAGACAAACACCCACCCACAUAUUCUCUCAUACAUUCAUAAAUUAUUCAUUUUUUUUUUUUUUAUCCACCCAACCUCCCUACCUUUUGGAGAGCUGGAGAGGAUCCUUUCCAUACAAGGGAGCUAUUAUCUUCCUGCUCUACUCUCUCGCACAUCCUGCUGUGAUGCCGGGAGCUGGAAUAUUACAUUCAUCUGGCCCAGGCAUCAUUAAAUGGAGCACGAGGAAGAAGAGCAGGAAGAUUACAUCAGUCCCACGGGAUUCCAGGGAAAGAAUUCACUCUAGCUCUCCCAAAAGUAGAGGCUGGGUGGGCUUAAAUUAAAAAAAAAAAAAAAAAAAAAACUUGUGUGUGUGUGAUAAUUUUUUUUUUUUUUUUUUUUUUUCACGCAGUGCCGGUCCUGCCUCCAUGGCUGAGACCAUCAAUCUUGAUGAUCUCAGCCUGUCCAAUGCUUUCUCACAGGAAAGCAUUGGGAGGCUAUGGUGCAUGCGUGGUAAAACGCAGCACUGUGUCAAUCAGCAUAUCUUCAUAGAGAUGUAUUGAACCAAUGCAUCUGUAUAGGGAACAUUCAGCGCCUCCAUGCAGAGCAUGGAGAUGUUGAACGUAGUUGCUGCACACUGUGCCGCACUGGACUUCGAAGAACCUCUAGUGACUGUCACUAGAGGUGUUACUAGGCAGCAAUGGAAACACUGCCUUUUUUUCUGAAAAGGCAGUGUUUACAUUGAAAAGCCUGCAGGUACAGGCUACAGACACUAGAACCACUGCAUUAAGCUGUGGUGGUUCUGGUUACUAUAGUGUCCCUUUAAGAAUUGUAUUUUUGUUGUUGAAAAUAAAAUUUUGUUAGUUUAAACAUUUUUUUAGCUCGCACCUGCAUUCAAAGCAAAUUUGUCAAUCACUGCAAUAGUUUGUUAAAUCUGUGGGGGGACGAAGUGGUUUGUUCUGUUUAUUUGUUGUUUGUGUGGGGUUCUUUUGUUUUAUUUUUCUAUAUUGCAUUUUUGCUGGCCAUUUUGGAAAUGUGUCACUAUGAUCGUACAUAUACAUUGCACUGUUGCUGCAAUUAAAAAAUUGUGUAUGCUAUUGUAGUAAACAUUCCUGAACUGUACAACAAUGUGCCACAUGUGUACCUUUGCAAAGAUACAGGACCAAUUGGUUACCUGCAGAUUGCAGUUUUUUAAAAUUGUUAAUUUGUUGAGAUAAGUGAAGAUGGAUCUAUGUUGUUGACCUGGAUGCCAGCCAUACUUAUAUUGCUUACUGCCGUGUAAAUAUCUAUUGAUAUAUUUAUGCUCUGUGGGGAGAUGGGUUGGGGUGGAGUGAUGGAUUGCACAUUGUUGGUUGGCAAAUUUUUAUACGUUAUUUGAUAAACUCUAAUGCUUACUGUAACCCUGACAGAAUGAAGCCCUGGGUGUCCAGUGAUCGUUAAGGUUUUCCAUUUACCAGCUGGUAUAAAUCUGGAUGGCAGAACUAUUGUAUUACUUCAGGCGUUAAAGAAUACAAUAUUUUCCAUAGCACAUAUUUAUCAGUGAAUAGUAUGAUUGUAUUUUUUCCUGAGCUAUUAACACACACAUGUCAUAGUCAUGACAACCUGAAUGGUGAAAUAAUAAUUGUACUUAUACCUGAUUUUAUAUAUUUUUUUUUUCCUUCCAGAUAUCUACUUGCCAGCUUUUAUACAAAAUAUGAUGUCGUCCAUUUCCUUAUAAAUACAACAUCUCUGUUAAGUGUCCUCCUCCCAAAACUCCCACAGUUUCAUGGAGUCAGGAUAUUUGGGAUCAACAAAUACUGACAACUUCUCCCGACCACUGCUCCACAGCAGCUUGCAUUGUUUUGAGGAAAUGAAAACCACCUUCCUGGAUACCAUUUUCCUUCUUUCACUUGAAGGCUAAUUGUUUAUUUCCAGAGGAUAUGUCAACAGGAAGGACAAGGGAUGAUGCCUCAAAACCAUGCUAUUCAUCCAGUGCUCUAUGUUCAUAGGGUGAUGUUUAAAUACAUUUCUUAGAAAUACGGAGUAACAGGUACCAAGUGGAUCAUAGACCUGCCUUAUUGUCACAGCAGUGUGAACCUUGCUUCAUGCUUUGGUGUGGAGAUUAUAUUUUGCAACUGGUGCUAUGCAUAAGUGGACUCUAACCAUUUUCCUUUAAAGUUCAUGAUUCAAGCAGGUUUACUUUGAUUUUUGAUUGUGUAAUGUAACCAAUGGAAGUGUCUGAGAUCAAUUGUGCAAUCCUUUACUGUUUGUGUGACAAGGUCAUACACAAAGGAGAUAAGGGAAGGAAGUACACCAGAUAAAUCCACAGCCAACUGAAAGCAUUAGAAAAAUAGCUAAACCUUUAAACCUGCAUAGUGAAAGACUUUCCUUUUCUUUUUCUUUUUUUUUAAACUGCACCCACCUACCAUUUCUCUAUAUAUAAUGAUUGCAUUCCUUUAACUGGUGUGAAGAAUGUUUGCUACUCAAUUCCCGUUCUAUGAAUACACCAGACCAAGGAAUUUAUCCAUCGUCUCUGUCAGCAGGGUAUUUUUGAGAUUUGACAAGGGAAUUGGACAUUUUAGAUGAGUAUAGUCAAACUCAAAAGUAGCUGAGAACUUUUUUCCAGAUUAUUUUGGCCUAAACAUUGUAAUUCUCUUUAGACUAUUCAAAAUUGUCUAUAGGGAGUACACCCCUGCAUAUUGCACUUAACAAAGACUAUAUAUUGAUGUCUCAAUGAACACAAAUCUCUCUUCUCAAUUACUAUACUAAAGAUAGCAUUUAAAUACAAAUGUAAUCAAAAUAUUUACAUUAAAAGGCACUCUCCACUGUGAAAGCAGCUUGCAAAAGCUGCAGAUCUCUUGUCUGCAUCCUGUGUAAGCAUUGCCAUUCUUUCACAGGCCAGACUUUCUGUGGCUGUCUAAUCACAGACCUUACAUUGCAGCUCUAUAAGAAGUCUUUCUAUGGCAGGUGCUCUGAACAAUUACUUGCCUAAUGAGUAUAGCUGAACUGAGCUAAACAACAAGGAAGUAAAAGGACCAAUUUUCUAAUUUACAGCCUGGGGGCCGUAACAAGGUUAACUUAUAAAAGUGCAUAUUUUCAAAUCAGUACUUUUUUUUUAUAAAAUGGGGAGAAGGGUCACACUCUUCACAAGUAGCUAAGUAGUUGGCUUUAAGAGUCGAAUUUUCAUUUUAAGGCAAAGUAGGAAGUAUUUUGUCUUCUGUAUGUUGUAAAAUCUUGCAAAACAGGGAAAAGGAAAAAUAUAGAUUCACUACUUUUUGCCGUUUCCCAUGAGAGUGCAAUAGCAUUUUAUGUAAAGUUUUAAUGUUGUCACAGAAUUUCUGUAGGGUCUUGUGGGAUCUCCUAUAGAGCCUUGUAUUACUGCUCCUGUGCACAACCAAGAACACAGAAGCCCCUGACAGCCUUAUUUUCCAGGUGUUUGAGAGGAGGUGUUUGAGAGGAAGAGAGAGUCAAUAAGGAAGUACUCCUCCCCCAUGCCCUCCAUGCAGUGGUGAUGCAUAGGGGUUCCUUGACAUAUUUUUGCUGAGUCCCAUACGUGACAGGCCUGAUUUAACUCCAAAAAAUAUUCUAACAUUUUAACAUUCAUUUUAUAUGUUUUAAAACAGUUUAUUCUCCAUUCUUUUUAACUAGAUUGCUAGACUGGACUUGUAUAAAGAAUAUAUUUACAAAAUGACUUAAAAGAACUUCAAUGUAGGGCAGAGCACACUAUACAGAUAUGAAAAGGUUUAACUAAAAAAAAAAAUUCAAGUCAUGAUUUUUAUUAAUAAGCAAGUGGAACAUUAGGUGUCAGUAUACAUAGGAGACAUACAAUUUCUCUACCCAUUGUUACCAGAAUAAAAGAAAUGUCUGACUGCACCAUAUGAAUAUAUACACACAAUCAUUUAAUUUAUUUGACUUAUCAAUGAAAUUUCAAGCAGCAUCAUGACUUUUCUAUGCUUAAAAAAUGGGUUUUGUGGUGCCAAUAGCUGCAAUUUGUGUAAAGCAUAAAACCCAACUCUUCUCCGCUGUAGGUUCAGCUGUACACCCACAGCCACCAACACUCUGCCCCCCCAUGAUAAUGAGACAGGACAUACGUCUUGCAAGAUAUGAAGAACAGCUCUUUGUAAAGGGCUCUGUACUGCAGUUCAAUUAUCUCUUAGCUGAACAUCAAUUUUUAAUUUAUAUUCCCAAUAGAGUUCUGUCCCCUUGCGAAUGCUUUCUAUGACAAUUCUUCUAAAUACCAAACACGAGGCAAACAUUGUGUAGGACUGAUGAUGUAAAAUAAAAUAAUUGUGUGCUAAAGGCAAAAUUUUUAACCCGUCCAUCACUCAGUCAAUAAUUACAGAUGGUAUUAUAGGAGUAUCAAACAGUGACUUGAGAAGAUUAUUAUAAUUCAUGCAAGUGGUAUAGUUGGAAAAUAUACUUAUAUUGAGCUUUUUUUUCUUCUCUGCUACUUGAGUAAAUUUCACAAUUUCACAAGUGUUUUUAAUGAUGUCAAAUACAUAUGGCAUCAAUUAAUGAAAAUGUAAGGAAUUGAGCAGUGACUAAUACCAAAUGGUAUAUGUUUUCUAUAUAAGAAAAAACAUGUCUGCAAAUAUGAAAACUCUUUAAAAAAAAAAAAAAAAAAAUCCUCUUGCCUAAUAAACCCCCACUUAUCUUCCCCUUUUCCUUCAGCCCUAGUCUGUGCAGCAAUUAGUUUAUUCUCUGGGACUCCAACCCCUCUGCGUUCAAUUGAAAAACUAUAAUUACUGUGCCCCAAUCACCAUCUGUGAGCUUGAGAGGCAGGUUACAGGGCUGCAUUCUAGCCAAAACAUUUUGUCACACCACAGUGCCCUACAUAGUAUAGAUGGCUUGUUUGACAUAAGCAGCUGCACAUACGGGGUGAUGCAUUUUAAAAAAUGAAUAAAUAAAUUGCUUCCACCUCCCCCCCAUACGCUACAUUCACAAAAUGCCAUCUCUUUACAUAUACCAAAAAUUAGAAUAUUUGUAAAUUUUUUACUUUUUAUCAUGUCUGCUAUAGAGACAAAUUUUAUAUGUGGCUACUACUUGAAGUUUAACCUGACUGCUGCUAGAAGCGUGUUAAUCCUGCAAUAAAAACAUUGCAGUUCCGUCAAAAUCACAAUGUUUUCAUUUGCAGGGUUAAGCAGUCCACGGCCAUAUCUACUAAACAUAGAUAGUACUAAUGAUAUCAUGAUCAUGGCACCCAGUCCACUUUGAGAUGAAGUGGUCUGGGUGUCUAUAGAGUCCAUUUAAGAAAACAGAGCAUCACAUGUUCACAAUUGGCUUGAUUUUAUUCAUAGGUAUUAAUGAGAUGUUCCACUUUAAAGGAACAUUAUCCCAUUAGCAAUACAAACGUACUUUAUUUCUAAUGCUAUAGUGUCCUACCUAUUUAGGUAUCUGCCCCUUCCCUGUUUGCAGUUAAGAAAUAAAUAAGUUUUACUCAUCUAGUAGCCCUCACCACACUGGUUUCUGCCAUACAGUCCAGCCUCUUUGUCUGAGAUCAUCAAUGUUCUCCAUGGGGAAGUAUUGGUAGGCAUGUGCACAUGUGCAGAAAAUCGCUGUGCUGCGCAUAUCAAAUGGUGUCUAGGAGCAGUACUUGAUUGAGAACUGAUUCGGACUCUUCUUUUACGGAGGAAGUGUCUCUAAUGGCUUUCGGGAAUAUAGCCACUACAGGUGUGAACCCUGCAAUCAUAACAUUGCCAUAUCUACUAAACAUAGAUAGUACUAAUGAUCUCAUGAGCUGCGGCGAGGAGCAGUCUCACCAUUGGAUUAGAGGCAAGCAAGUUACAAAUUUAUGAAAAUAAGAAAAAGGGAGCUGUGUGACUUGGAGUAGCCAAGCCAUAAAAAAGGAAAUUGAACUGAAAAAAAAAAAAAAUUCUACAAAUACACAAUGUAAACUGUAUAGGAUAACUUUCUUUUUAUUAUUAUUUAAUUAAAACAAUGAAAGUAGCUUAAAUAAACAAUUUCACUGCAGUGCAUGUAAAUAAAAUAAUUGAAAGUUAAAUACACUGAUUAAACAUUAUUUCCAUAAAACAGUGCAGAGAUUGCACACAUGAAGUAUGUUAAUGCAUAAAGAAAUAUACUAGAAGAUGAUAACCUUUGGUUGAAAGUUAUCAUUCUACCUACUUGGAUACUACCAGUCACUACAGGUGCAGAGUCCAUUGUACAAAUGAUACACAGCCAUUUCACACUCCACAGUAAAACUAGUGGUGAAAUACACUUUGCAUUUCUUACAGGGUUGUUUACUAAAGUGAGAAUUCAAAGUUAAUUUCAAAUUUAAGGUUAGAAUAGCCUAAAUGGAAGCAUAACUGACUUAAGCCCUUGAUGACCGAUGACUGUUCAGGACCGUCAUCAGAAAAAUCCCCCUGGGGACCGAUGACGGUCCUGAACCGUCAUAACGGUCUGGGGCUACUUACCUGAUCGCUGUCGGUCCCCCAGCGGCGAUCGGCGCUCCUCCCGCUCCAGGGGGACUGCCUGUCUGCCCGGGCAGUCUCCCCUCGGCAGAUCAGGACCCUGCGGCCACGUGAUCACUCGAUCACAUGACUGCAAUAGGUGUCUGUGUAUCUGCCUGCGGGGGGACUGUCUGUGCUGACAGGCAGUCUCCCUGCACGUGGAAAAUCAAAAAUAAAGUUAAAAAAUAAAGCAAUCAAUGUAAAAAAAAUAAUAUAUGUAUAUGAUAUAUAUACAUGUAUUAUAUCUAUAUAUAAUAUACGUAUAUAUAUGUCAUACUAAGUGUAUUUUUAUAUUUAUAUAUACGUAUUUUAAC